CCACACAGAAGUCUUUAGUCUGUCUUCUAGCAUGGGGACCCUCUGGCACUUACAAUACACUUUAAUUUUAUUCUCUAUUUCAGUGGUGAAUACUGCAGGGAUCAAGCAAAGACCAAUUGGUGGCUUCAGAACAUGGGAUCCUGAAACAGCUUACCUCACUAGAUGUGAUUUUAACAACAACUCAAGACCAUUUUGUGACUGGACCCAACCUUGCAAUGCCAACCAGGGAGUGUGGAUACGAACCAAGCAUGACACUCCGACUGAUGGAACAGGUCCUGAUGGAGACUAUCCUGAUGGAAAAGGCUAUUUCAUCUACCAAGAAGCAAGUAAUCUGAUCCCAUUUGACACUAACAGACUUGAGAGCCCAGAAACUGUGGUUUCUGAAGAAAUAUGCAUAGAUUUCUGGUACUAUAUGUUUGGGUCAGAAGACAUGAACGAGCUGAGAGUGCUUAUCCAAGACAACACAGAGGAGUCUAUAAUAUGGAGUCGGAAGGGAAACCAGAGUUCCUUGUGGAACUAUGGUGCCAUCACUCAUACUUUUCCAUCACAGAGAAAGAUAAAGGUAAUUUUUGAGGCUGUUCGAGGAUUGACGGAGUAUGGGGAUACAGCACUGGACAAUGUGAGAGUAAGGGAUGGAUCCUGUGUAACAGAAGGUAUUUCUACUCCUGUACCACCAACACCUACACCAACAGAACCUACACCACCUCCAGUGACAGAAGCAAUUUGCAGUAUACAUGGGGAUCCUCACUAUAACACAUUCGACAAGCAGCGUCAUGACUUCAUGGGCACCUGCACCUACACCCUCUCCAAGCUCUGUGACAGCAACAGUUCUCUGCCCUACUUCAAUGUGGAAGCAGCCAAUGAGCACAGGGGAAGCAACACUCACGUGUCCUAUGUCCGAUACGUGGACAUCGAUGUGUAUGGCUACAGGAUCAAUCUGGGUAAAAACAGAAUUGUUAAGGUUGAUGGAGUCAGCCAGGUGGUCCCUCUGAUCUUGGCACAGGGUAUCAGUAUUUCCUUCAGUGGGCAGUAUGUUGUGGUUACUACUGACUUUGGGCUGAAUGUCAAGUUUGAUGGAAAUCACAGAGCAGAAAUCACUAUUCCCAGUACCUACAUGUCUAAAGUCUGCGGAAUAUGUGGAAAUUAUAAUGGGCACAAAGCAGAUGAUUUUCUUAACCCAGAUGGAGAGAUGGAAUCAAACUCGGCCAGCCUUGGCAACAGUUGGCAGGUUUACAAUGACUCCAGGUGCUUGCCAGAUGAUGGCCACACUCCAAAUUGCACUGCUGAUGAAAAACAUAUGAUCCAAAGCAAUGAAUACUGUGGUCUGAUCACAGAUCCCAAUGGUCCAUUCCAGAAUUGCCACUCAGUAGUUGAUCCACAAAGUUAUUCUGAAGCCUGCCAGUAUGAUCUCUGUGAACUUCAUUUGAACAAUGCAGCCCUCUGUCAAAACCUGCAGGCUUAUGCAGACGUGUGCCAAGCUGCAGGAGUCCAGCUGACGCCAUGGAGAAAUGCAACCUUCUGCC